AGGCAGCGCGCGCGCUCUUCUUCAUUCUCCCGGCAAAACAGGUCUAUAUUUUGUUGUCCAGGACUCCAAAAGAGGGCGCCAUGGGAGUCCAAAGACUCAAGAGCUACAUGGAGGGCAACAAUGAUGUCCUAAAGAGGCGAUACUUCAGGAAGAGUAAGCUCAUCAUCGAUGGAUCCAAUCUGUACUACAGCCUCUACUUCCGUUCCCCCUUGGAUCAAGUGCACGGAGGAGAAUAUGAAGGCUUCGAGAAAGUGGUCAGUCGCUUCUUUGCAAACCUCAGAAUCUGCAAAAUCGAGCCCUACGUUGUGCUCGAUGGAGGGGACGACAUCAGCAAUAAGAAGUUUGACACCCUGAAACAAAGAACCCAGGACAGGAUCAAGAGGGCCGAUGCCUUAUCCAAAGGACGACGAGGAGAAGUCCUUCCAAUCCUCAUCAAGAACGUCUUCAAACAGGUCCUCAGAAAGCUCAAGGUGCCACUUAUCCAGUGUGUCGCCGAGGCCGACUGGGAGGUCGCAGCUCUGGCUAACGAGUGGAACUGUCCAGUUCUGUCCAAUGACUCUGAUUUCUUCAUAUUCGACAUCAAGGGAGGGUUUUUACCCCUUUCUGACUUCUACUGGAGGAAAGUGAAGUCAAUGAAACAGUCCAACAAAAAGUACAUUCUAGCCAGUUGGUAUUCUGUUAGUAACUUGUGCAGCACCUUUAACUGCAUGAACAAGCACCUUCUCCCUAUUUUUGCCACCAUCUUGGGCAACGACUACGCCCAACUGAACAAAACACUGUUUCCAAACUGGACAAAGUUCUCACUUAUUCCUGGAGUAAACCGCAAUAUCGAUGGCUUGCUCAGGUGGCUGUCAUGCCAUAAGAGUCCCAAGGAUGCAAUUAAAGCCCUUCUGAGCAUGAUUACAAACCCGAGGGAUUCAGUGACGGUCCGCAAGGUUCUCAAGGAGGGCCUCCAAGAGUACCGCCUGACUCCCAGCUCCAUAGCUCAGUUCUUCAAGCGAGGAGAACCACAGAGCAACCUCCCAAGACCUUUACAGAGCCUUCCGGAGUGGUUCCUGAAGGCCCUGGGCGAGGGCAAGCUCAACUCGAUCCUUCUUGAUGUCCUCACACUGCACAGGGUCACUCUCAACUUUUUGGUCCAGGAUUUUAGCCUCCGCAGCAACAAUCUGACCUCAAGACCCAUACGGCAGGUCAUUUAUGGCUUAAUGGUGCAGGCCUCUGCAGAAGAAGAGCAGUACGAGGUAGAGGAGUAUGACAGGCAGGGGCUGAUGCUAACCAGCUCCAAGGUUCCAGCCAUCCUGACAAACCUUCAGCUGGACACACUGUGGGAGAUGCCACAGAAUCUGAGGCUUGAGGUCUUCUUGGAUGCUUUGUGUGUGUCUCAAGCUCUUGAGGAGCUCCUCGUGCCUGCAAACCUGCAGCUAGCCGUGUACGUCACAUGCUACUGGCUGAAACAUGCACAGCCUGAGCCCAGACCAGAAUUCUUCUGGGCCUUGCUGGUCGGCCUGGUGUACGGAGAGCUGUCCAGAGAUCCACUCACAGAGAAAGAGGUGCCAAAAAGGCUGAAGAACCUGAAAAGCCGUGAAAAGGAGAGCUCUCUGGACCUGCAGGCAGCUCACGCUUACAGUCAGUGGCAGGGCAGUCUGAGGGACAGUAUCUGCCUCAGCCAGCUGCUGAACAAUCCAGUGCCUGAACCAGAAUACGCAUGGUUGUACAGUGGCCUUUUCCUGCACCAUGUGAUCACUGAAAUGAGCAGAGGCAUCACUCCUGAAUCCCUGCUGGAUGGAGCUCCUCACGCCCUGAAUCUCUACCAAGCGCUGAGGGAGGCUGUGGAGCACGAGCUGGGCAAAGACUUGGUCAGAAGGUUGAGGACCAAAGUGAAACGGGCACAGCCGAGCGAGUGUCCAGCGCAUCAGGAGCCCAUGGACGACAUAAGCAAGUAUCCCAUUUAUGAGGACGAUGAUGAGGAAGAUCCAUGCAGAGGGAAGAAUGGCAAGGCUGACUACCAAGACGACAAGAUUUUUGAAGAAAAAUGCAUGGUCCGCACAAGACACAAGGCCAAGCGCAGGACCAGCAAAAGGGAUCCAAAAGCCAAGAAAUCUGAGUACUCCUACUGGGAAUAAAGGACAUUUCAUUGACUCAGCAGUCCAAGAACAAUCGAUAUUCCUAACUGAGUGCUCCACUGAUUCAUUGAACAAUUGACUCACUCAGUGAUUUACUAGCUAGGUUUCCUACUUGCAGGUUGCAAGCAAGAAAACAAAAAAGUGCUGAACAUUUUUGCAAACUUCAUUGUAGCUCAUUUCCUAAAAUUCUUAUAGUGAUGUAAAAGCUUGGUGUAAUGAGGUCAUUUCCAUGACUGCUGUGCCCUUGUGCAAGGCACCUAACCCCCAACUGCUCCCUGGGUGUUGUGGAAAGGGCUGCUCACCACUCCGGGCAAGUGUGCUCACUGCCCAGUAGUGUGUGUUCACUAUGUGGCCGUUUCUCUGCAUGGAUGGGUUAAACGCAGAGGUGACCAAGUCACACUUAACAUGAAAAUAUUUAAUCUAUAUUGCAGUUUUUUUUUUGUUUGGCUUCGUUUACAUUUCCAUAGUCUAGCAAUAUGAAUAAUAAUGUGCUGCCACUCUGUAAAUAUUGGGUAGUUUGUUAUAAUUCUUAGGCCUCAGCUAACCAGCUACAUUUAAAAAGUUAAACAUUUAAAAGUACAGUUGGCACAUAAAAGGUCCGCAAUGUAAACCUGCGUGGUCAUUCACUGACUCACCAACCAGGAAGACAGCUGUGAACUCUUGUCUGUCUUGUUUGUUUUGGUGUGUACCAGCUUAAAUGAUUCAGAGGCUCACUUCAGUAUUUACACUUCCUCUCCUUUUCUUGCUCAACUGUAUGAAAACACUUGAUAAUCCCAGCUCAUCAGUGUCUGUCUGAUUUUAAUGUUUCUUUUAUUCUAGAAUGGACUUUUUCUACUGAACUGCAUGCAUUUCUAAUGGGAUUUUAAUAAUGGAUUUAAGCUAAACUGUCAUAAGCCAAAAAAAAAAAAAAAAAAAAAAAAAAAAAAAAAAAAAA